AUGGAUGAGACCGACUUCAAAGGGCUCAGACACUCCGAUGUCUAUUGUGAAAACGAAGAUCUCAUUUCUGAUUUGUCUUUAUCCACCGGUGGUCUCCUUGAUAAACAAUCCACAGAAAAUCAGAAUAACGGUAUAAACUUUGAAUUUCUGGUUGCAUUUGAUGCUGAAAAAGCAGUGGAGAAAACCAACAUCAGUCCACUUAUGGAAGAACCAACUCAACCUUCUGAGCUGCUAGACCAGGAAAACACAAGAAAAAAUGGGACGUACAAUUUGCGCAAAAGUUUAGCUUGGGAUACAGCCUUCUUCACUAACGCUGGUGUUCUAGAACCUGAGGAGUUGUCUUGCAUGAUCAAAGGAGCUGAUAAUGGUGGAAAACAUUUUUUACCAGGAAUUGCAGAGGAUAUACGUAGAUCUAAUGAUUCAAUCUCUACAUUAGAAAGUGAGAGUUUGACAAUAGAAAGUCUGGAAGCUGAUCUGUUUGAAGACAUCAGAGCUUCAAUUCAGAAAUCCAGUAAAGCAUAUCACAUGACAAUUUCUGGUAAAACUGCACCCGAAGAGAGAGAAAACCAAGUUGUCUGUUCUUCAGGGAAGGUGGGCUCUGCUUCCAGGAAUGCAGUAAUGGUGAAGCCAAACUCUGCUGCCAAGAACCAAGGGGCUGGAAUGCAAGGACCAGAGAAAUUGAUCAAGCAGAGAGCUGGUUAUUCAGAGUCACAGGGCACACAGCCCGUUCCAAGAAUUGGAGGCUUGACUUCAUCCCUUAGGAAGGCUUCAAAGGAAAUUACCAGGUCUGCCCCUAUUUCGUCGGCACCACAGAAGAGGGCUUCUUUGGGUGCUAACCAAAUCAAAAUGGGUAAUGAUAAAGCAAGAAGUGCCUCUGUUUAUGGUAAAGUGGAUCUUGUGUCAAAGCUUGGUCCCAGUAGGGCUGUGCCUAGGCCUGCAGUAUCUUCAAAAUCCUUCUCUCCAACUCCUUCAACAGCAACCAAGAAAGAGCUAUCAAAGUCAUCUUCCUCGUAUGCUAGUUCUGGCAGUCCUUCACCUUCCAAUAUUGGUGCUUCUUCUGUGAAAUCUACUAGAAGAAGGUUUGGUAGCCAGACUCUUGAUCCAACUUCCGACAGAUUGAUCCUAAAAACACCAUCAAAGGUGGCACAGAAAAAUAAAAGACGGUCUAAUACCUUGGCUCGUUUAGCAUCAUCUGAUCUCUCUUCUAAUGUAUCUCCUGCUAGUUCUUCCAGUGAAUGGUCGUCUGAAUCAUCUUCAUCGGCGAUGCCAAAUGCUUCAAGGACUUGCUUUGAUAUUGGGUCUCCUUGUAGAUUCCUAGGUAAUGAUAUCCCUCCCUCAGAUUGCUGUAACCAAUCCAAUGAUCAUAUCUCAGAUGAACAUAAUAAGGCGACUCUACCACGUAGUGAAACCGUAAAAGCAGCUUCAGGGCAGCUUGGUGGACAUUCUCAACCAGCUACGGCAAAACCCUCAGGUCUGCGAAUGCCAUCACCAAAGAUUGGAUUUUUUGAUGGGGUAAAACCUGUACUUCGAACCCCUAAAGGAAGUGUGCAAGCUUAUUCUGGUAUACCGGCUGGUCCCAAAUUUGGACCUGGUAUCUGUAACCUAAGUGGAGGCUCGAACAAGGCAAAGCAUUCAAAGCUUCAACCCGUGAGAGUAUUGCCAGCAAAUGGGAAUGUGAAGCUUGAUUCUCCGAAACAUGCUUCGCCUGUACUAUCCCAGAAACUAUCAAGUGCUUCCUCACAGGUUCCUAGUGCUUCAGGGGGUCUAACAAACUUUGUUGAUGUUUCACCUGAAGUCCAGGGCGAAAUUGAUGGAGAAAGUUGCUUGAAAGAUGUGGAUGUAGGACCCGGAAGGCCUGAUGAAGCUAAAAAUGUUCCACAUACUGGAUUGGAUGCUGAAAUGACUCGAAGUCUAGGUAUCUUGAAGAGUGAAAUGAACUUGGAAAAUCAGAGAAAUACCACUUUAAAGGAUGAGAAGGUUGCUUCUAUUGACAUCAAUGCUUCAAGAUCUCAAUGCAAAGCUGACCAUACAAAGCCAUCUGAAGACGGGGAUGAAGAUGCAAGCAGCAACUCUCAUCGCAGGAAUGAUUUGCAUUCACUUUAUGAAAACAAUGAGAAUGCCCAUUUUGUAGACCAAGAUGAUGGCUUGGUUUGUAUAAAUGCGGGAGCUGGGAACUCAAAACAGGGGCUGCAGAAAGCUUUUGUUGGCAAUUCUAUUACUCAAAAUGAUUUCUGCCACCCAUACUCUGGCCAGGAAGAGGAGUCAGAAAGCAAUCUAUCAGUGACCACAAUUAUAUAUCCUUCUCCAAUGAAGUCAGGAACUACAGCCAGUACAAGGCCUCCUUUCACCGUUAAAAAUUCUUUGUGCAAUUAGGGGCUUGCUCAUUCAGCCAGAUCGAGCAUCGGGGUAGUAGAGAAGACAACAUCCUUCCCUAGUUUGGACAACAUUCAGACGGAGAACAGAUUAACAGAAUACCACACUUGAAAUUUUGCUUUAAGUACAUCCAUGGACUCCUACUGGGUUCCUGUCAAACACAACUGACUUGAUUAGUUUCAUUUGGAACACGGCCCAUUUCUCGACUUCAAUUGCCUUUAAAUGUGAUGUUAGGAGGUUGACUUUCCUCAUAAAAGUUGUUGCUUACUGUCCGUGCACCCAAAUUCUACUUCGGUAGAAGCUUUCUUGGACAGAAAAUUGCCACCUAAUAUCAGUAUCCUGACAGACAUGGGAGCUGAAUUGAAGAAUUGAAGUCUUGUACAAGGAUUUCCCCCGUAUUUGUGUGCUAGUACAAGGACACACUGGCUGUGGGGAGAAAAGGAAAAAGGUUUUUAAGCCCAAAAUUGUGAAAGGUCAAGGUUAUUGGUGAUGAAUGUGUUGGUAUUCUUCUACCUUUGUUUACGUGAAUUUUGUAUUGUUGGAAGAUUGUAGGUUCUUUUGAAGUGAACGAUUUGUUUGGUCAA